GGUGUUGCGUCGUCACCGCGGAGCGCGGCCGGGACCUCCGGGUCGCGCGGCGUUCCGGAGCGGCCCGGAGCUCGGGGAGGUGCCCGCGGAGGCCCGCGGGAGACGGCUCGGGGGCUGGCGCGGAAGCGGGGGCUUGGGAGCCGCAGGCAUGCUGCGUCCCAAGGCUUUGACCCAGGUGUUAAGCCAAGCCAACACCGGCGGUGUCCAGAGCACGCUGUGGGCGUGGAAGGAAGAUAACCUUUCUGAAGAGGAGCCCUUGGGGAAAGGGCUAAAGGUGCCAGGCAGAACAUUACAUCCCGUGAUCUCGCCCCACCAGGAGGGCCGUGUAGCCAUCACGCGGGUGGCCAACCUCCUGCUGUGUAUGUACGCCAAGGAGACCGUGGGCUUCGGGAUGCUCAAGGCCAAGGCCCAGGCUUUGGUGCAGUACCUGGAGGAGCCCCUUACCCAAGUGGCGGCAUCAUAGCGAGCCUCGGUUGGAGCUGGGGUCAGAAAAGAUCAGUGAUCAUUUGGAGGGGCGGGGCUCCCUGGGGAAACCUUUCUGGACGGUUCCGGAGGCUGAGACUUUUUUCCAAGAAUAAACUUGAACUCCUAUC